UUUCAGUAUAAAGAACGUAACUCCAAAAGUAGGGGACCCUGAGACUCGUAAAGCUAUUCGCCGUGCCUUUGAUGUGUGGCAGAAUGUAACUCCUCUGACGUUUGAAGAAGUUCCCUACAGUGAAUUAGAAAAUGGCAAGCGUGAUGUGGAUAUAACCAUUAUUUUUGCAUCUGGUUUCCAUGGAGAUAGUUCUCCCUUUGAUGGGGAGGGAGGAUUUUUGGCACAUGCCUAUUUCCCUGGACCAGGAAUUGGAGGAGAUACUCAUUUUGACUCAGAUGAGCCAUGGACACUAGGAAAUCCAAAUCAUGAUGGAAAUGACUUAUUUCUUGUAGCAGUUCAUGAGCUGGGACAUGCUCUGGGAUUGGAGCAUUCCAAUGACCCCACUGCUAUCAUGGCUCCAUUUUAUCAGUACAUGGAAACAGACAACUUCAAACUUCCUAAUGAUGAUUUGCAAGGCAUCCAGAAGAUAUAUGGUCCACCUGACAAGAUUCUUCCACCUACAAGACCUCUGCCAACAGUACCCCCACACCGCUCUGUUCCUCCUGCUGACCCGAGGAAAAAUGACAGGCCAAAACCUCCUCGGCCUCCCACGGGCAGACCUUCCUAUCCUGGAGCCAAACCCAACAUCUGUGAUGGGAACUUUAACACUCUAGCUAUUCUUCGCCGUGAGAUGUUUGUUUUCAAGGACCAGUGGUUUUGGCGAGUGAGAAAUAACCGGGUGAUGGAUGGAUACCCCAUGCAAAUUACUUACUUUUGGCGGGGCUUGCCUCCUAGUAUCGAUGCAGUUUAUGAAAACAGUGACGGGAAUUUUGUCUUCUUUAAAGGUAACAAAUAUUGGGUGUUCAAGGACACAACUCUUCAACCUGGUUACCCUCAUGACUUGAUUACUCUUGGAAGUGGAAUUCCCCCUCAUGGUAUUGAUUCAGCCAUUUGGUGGGAGGAUGUUGGAAAAACCUAUUUCUUCAAAGGGGACAGGUAUUGGAGAUACAGUGAAGAAAUGAAAACCAUGGACCCUGGCUAUCCAAAACCCAUCACAGUCUGGAAAGGGAUCCCUGAAUCUCCUCAGGGAGCCUUUGUGCACAAAGAAAAUGGCUUUACAUAUUUCUACAAAGGAAAGGAAUAUUGGAAAUUCAACAACCAGAUACUCAAGGUAGAACCUGGAUAUCCAAGAUCCAUCCUCAAGGAUUUUAUGGGCUGUGAUGGACCAACAGACCGAGAUAAAGAAGGACAUAGCCCACCAGAUGAUGUAGACAUUGUCAUCAAACUGGACAACACAGCCAGCACUGUGAAAGCCAUAGCUAUUGUCAUUCCCUGCAUCUUGGCCUUAUGCCUCCUUGUACUGGUUUACACUGUGUUCCAGUUCAAGAGGAAAGGAACACCCCGCCACAUACUGUACUGUAAGCGCUCUAUGCAAGAGUGGGUGUGAUGUAGGGUUUUUUUCCUUUCUUUCUUUCUUUUCCAGGAGUUUGUGGUAACUUGAGAUUCAAGACAAGAGCUGUUAUGCUGUUUCCUAGCUAGGAGCAGGCUUGUGGCAGCCUAAUUCGGGGCUGACCUUCCAAACCCAGAGGGUUGCUGGUCCUGCACAUGAGUGAAAGACACACUCAUGGGGAAGCUUCCAUGACGCACAGUACCUGCCGUUCUUCAGUCCUUUGUCUUUCUUUGUCAUUCAGUUCUAGGCCUUUCCUCUGCACGCUCAAUGCCCAGUGAAAUUACAGGAUUAACUAAAGAAGAGGAGAAAAAAGAAGAAAAGAUUCUUCUCAAAAGUUUUCGAUUUUUUUUUUCGUUUUGAAAUCUGAGCCCAUUUCUGGGAGGGAGAAAGAGAAAAAAAAAAAAGCAAAACAGAUAAUCCACAUUUUUGUUUUUUGCUUUAAAGCAAAGGAAAAUAAAGUUUAAUUAAAAAGUCCACAAUUGAACUUUCAGGAAAGUGUGAAGACCCAAAACAGCUUUGUCUCCAAAGAAGAUAGCUCUGUGACUGCUAUGGAUAGUCUCCUGCACAUCACUUUGUCUUGUGGGAGACCUGGAAUACACUUGCAGGACUUAGACUGUUGGGACAGCCAUUUUCCAACACACAAGGGGCCAAAAUAUCUGCAAUAUAGUAACAGCCUUAAUAAUACAUCCAUUUUUCAUUUUAUACAGCUGUUCUCAGCUAUGUCCUCAAUGUUUCAUCACAUUUAUAUUCAUAGCUAUAUUCAAACAGGAACUUUUCAUUGUUUUGAAGUGUUUCUAUACCCUUUCUUGCUACCUGACUCUUAUAUCAUUGUGAUAAUCUCCCCAGUUGUAUUAGGCCAUUGCCCCAGGCCUUCCAUGGGUCUGUCAGGAAUAUUCAUUACAAAACAGAGCAAGAAGCAGUAUGUCUCUGAAACAAAUUAAAGUGACAGUUAUUUUACAAGGAUUUAUGACUCCAUUACUACAUUGGUAUAACCCUUUGAGAACUAUCAGACCAGCUUUCAGAGUCUUAGGAUUGUCAUUUUUGUGAUCUGGUAAAUUGUAAAAAUGAGCAAUGGUAAAAAACAAUCAAAGGUCCAAGAAGUUUGGGUUUUCAAAACAUGUCCUACAAUCCCAUGUAAUUCUUAAAUGGUUUACAGUAAUACAUAAAUGUAUUUAUAACAAAGAACAAUAAUGUUACUUGCCAAAAAUUUUCUGGCAAAUAAAACACAUAUUUUGUUAACAGUAUCUCAUAAGAGUGAAAUUUUAUUUGAACAACUGGUUAUAAAAGCUUAAGUCUUUUUUUUUUCUGAGAUAUAUCAAAGUUUUGUUUAAAAUCCAUUGCAUAAAAUUCAGUUUGCCUUAGUAUAUGCAGUUAGCAUUGCCAUUUUGAAAACUGAAUUAAGUUGAUGACUCUGAGGUUGCAUGAAAAUCCUACAGUGCAUUGCCUACGGCAAUGUCAACCAUAGUUCUCAAAGGGUUAGUGUGGCUUCUGGCAUUUAGCCAUCCAUUUGAUCACUGACAGAGCCAAGAGACCACCAAAGCAUUUCAUUGUUGAGUGUAAUUUGUCCUAACAGCAGUAUUGUCAUUUUCAUAUGACCUGCAGAGCAGGUUUGUAUCAAUAUUUUUUUCCUAGAGAAAAGUCAGCAACUGACAGACCUCUUUAUUGAUUUUUAGGAGCUGCUUCUUGCAGUGAAAGGCUUUACAGCCACUGGGCUGUGAACUUAUUAGAGAUGGUCAGAAGGAAUGCACCCCAUGAGUCAGACAUUGGCUUUGUGUGAAAGCCAGCUUUUGAGGGGAUUAGCUUUUGAAACAAUGAACAGCUUGCCUUGAACUUGAUUAUUGAUCUGUUGACUGUCAUUAACAACAACUUAAACAUUGUCUUCUGUGAAAAUUUUCCUUCAAGCGUCCUAUUCUAUGUCUUUGCCCUUUGACCUUUAACUUGCAAACUGGCACAAACUGAAGGAAAUCUGGUGUUGCUUCUCCAUUGGAUUGUUGUUCUCUAAAACCUAGUAAGCAUGAGCUGUUUCCUUAGAGUGAAGAGAGAAAGAGUACUGAUAGUGAAUCUGCAGAUGGACACUUUGCUCUUUACAUGCACACUCUAAAAAUGCCCUAUAGGUAGAAGUGAUUUUUAAUUUCUUCUAGUAUAAUUUCAAGCCUAAUUUUAUCAUUUAGUAUGAAUUAUAAAAAACUAUAGG